GUUACAAAUUCGUCAACACGUGUUACAAUUGAGAAUCUCGUAAUUUGUUUUUUAAAUUAAUUUUUUUUUUGUUUCAUAACAAUUGUGGUCAAAAUUUCAUCAUUUCAAAAUGUCUAAUAAAAACAAUAACGAUGAAAUUGAUGAUCGUUUCACUAAAGUGUAUCAGGAUCCACGAUUCCGUACGUUGAGAAAAAAAGAUAAAAUGCUCAAGAUUGACAAACGUUUCAAAAGUAUGUUUACUGAUGAUAAAUUCACGUUACGAUACUCAAUGGACAAACGCGGAAAACCAAAAAAACAUCUGAUCGCUGAAGAUUAUAAAGAAUUUUAUCAAUUAGAUGAGGAAGAUGUUGAUAGGUCGAAAGAACAAGAAAAAAUUGCUGAGAAAACCGAAACAAUUGUCGAACAAAAGAAUGAUUUAAAGCUAAAGCAUGAAUUCGGUUAUCAUAGAGGUUUGAAAAUUAAAUCUAAUGUGAACGAUAAUGAUGAUGAUCAACUGGAUGAGGAAUUCGAAAGUAGCAGUAGUAGUAGUGAAUCCGAAGAUGAUGACGAAGAUGAAGAACUCGAGCAUGAAUGGGGUGAAUUGGAUAAAGACGCCAAACAGAUUGAUCAAGCUACUUCACGAAUUGCCAUCUGUAAUGCCGAUUGGGAUCGUUUAAAUGCUCAAGAUUUAUACCUUCUCUUGAAUUCAUUCAAAAGUAACACUGGAACCAUUAAGAGUGUGAGAAUCUAUUAUUCAAAAUUUGGUGAAGAACGACUUCAAGUUGAAGAGGAGAAAGGACCAUCUGAAUUCAUAUUCGGUAAAGGUCAAACAGUAACCGAAAUAGAUGAUGACGAUGAUGAUAUUGAACAACAACCCGACAAACUGAAAGAUAAUGAUGAUGAUGAAGAAAACGAAGAAGAAGAAAUCACUGAUCCAAACACUGUCGAAAAGCUACGAAAAUAUCAGCUCGAAAGAUUGAAAUAUUUUUAUGCUAUUGUUGAAUGUGAUAGUGCAGAAACCGCAGAAAUUAUUACCAAAGAACUUGACGGUCUCGAAUAUGAAUGUAGUUCGACUAUGUUGGACAUACGUUUCGUUCCGGAUGAUAUGGAUUUCGAUGAUGUUCGUUUGAAAGAGGAAUGUACUACUAUGCCAACAAGUUCCACAUAUAAAGCUCCAUUAUUUACGAAUACGGCAUUACAACAAAGUAAUGUAAAGAUUACUUGGGAUGAAACCGAUCCACGUCGUAAAGAAGUAUUUAAUAAAGCAUUCGAAGAAGAUAAUGAAAAUGAUAUCAAAACAUAUUUGGCAACUUCUUCUGAUGAUGAUGAAAAUGAUGAUGAUACAUCGAUGAUCAAAAUCGAUGAAAAUAUGCAAGAAAAUGAUAAAAUUAAUGAAUAUAAAAAUUUACUUUCUUCACUUGAUAAAGAGAAUGAAAAAGAAGAUUUUGAUAUGGAAGUUACAUGGGAUCCGAAACUUAAAUCCAAAACGGAAAAUCUACUAAACAAACGUUCUAAAUCGAAUGAAAUUGGUGUAGUUCCUAAUGAAUCUGUUUCCGAAUCUGAAGAAGAACCAGAGAAUGUUGUAAAUUCAAAACGAAAGAAAAAACAACGAAAAAAUAAAUUUAAUGUAGAGGAAGAGCCUAAUAAUUUAGAAAAUGAUACGAAUCUAGAAUUAUUAAUGAUGGAUCUAGAUACGACCAAUAUUACAAGCCAUCAAAAACGUAAACAUUUUAAUUACAAAAAUAUUAUUGAGAAUGAUAAAGCAAAAACCGAUGCUGUUGAUAAUGAUGAUGGAUUUAAAUUUAAUCCGGAUGAUGAUCGAUUUAGUUCAAUUUAUCAAUCACAUCUAUAUAAUAUUGAUCAAUCAGAUCCACAAUUCAAACGAACUAAAGCUUUUGAACAGAUUUUGGCUAAACAAAAACAAAAAGCUCGCCGUAUGGUUGAAAACGAAUCAGAAUUUAUGGUGAACAAACAACCGGGUCAACAAAAGCGACAUAAUAAUAUAAAUAAUUUAGUUGACAAAAUCAAACAUAAAGCUAAGGUUCAAUUCAAAAAUGAAAGACCGAAAUCAAUGAUGAAAAAUCAACGAUAUAAUGUGAAUAAAAAAUUUAAAAGCUAAAUACAUUUCAACCAUUUUAUAGUUAUAAGAUUUUAUUUUUCGUUCAAAAAUUGAAUCAUUAUAUCAGUUCACCAUUUUCUAAACAAUUUGAG